AAUCAGACGUAUAUAUAGCGAGAGUAAUCUCCAGGUAUCGAUGAAGUACGCCGUGAGGAAUACACAGAGUAUCGCGGAAAUACCAAUCAAACACCAAUGCAAGCUUCAAGAAUCAACUUCGGCAACUUCAGAUACACACAAGCACCACGUCGCUCGGUGCAGCCGGUGUUUAUGCUCGCAUACGUCUCCUUAGGGUUGACGCUACCAUUCCUCUUACCAUUGAAGCAGCACUUUGACGGGGUGAAGGUGAGCACAAACAGUCGACUAGCCCACACCACGCUGGUGAGAAUAUAAGCACGUCAUUCUCUACUGCCUGGCGCCAGAUCUUGCGCUGGCACUGGCACUAGCUCUGGCACUGUGUGCUUGUUAUUCUG